AUGGCGGGCGGCACCUAUUAUACCACUGAUUCCAAUAGCAUGGCCAUUAGCAGUAUGGCCACUGGCUUUUUUCUUGUCAUUUCAGCUCUAUUGGCAGAAGUAACAUCUAAUCAGACGUAUCUUGAUGCUGCCAUCGAGUCCGCAAAUUUCAUACACUCCCAACUUCUUGAUUCUUCCGAUAUUGUGCUGGAGUUUAUAUCAUCAGGAUCAAACAACUCUUGUGGAACAGAGUCAAUCAUUGACUCCCUCGGUUGUGGCCUCUGUGUUGAAGGAUUAAUUGUCCUAGCGGAUAUCACCCAUAACGUGUCAACUGAAACCUUAUUACGCAGGGCUAUCGUUGCCACUACUACUAAUGUACGAUGGCAAGGAUUGGACGGAAUCAUUACUACCACGACCACUGGAGGGCAUUACAUCGUACAAGCCCUGGCGGCUUUAUAUGAGCGGAACACGAUGCACUCUGAUCUUCAUGAAUAUAUCAAGGAAUACAUUGGUGUGCAGUAUAAUGCUGUCAUUAAUCAGGCCACUUCAGGAGGUAGUAGCAUCUAUGGAUUACCCUGGACAGGACCACCGAGCUCGUCAUUAUCCAGUGAUAAUCAAACUGUAGCUAUAAGCGUGUUGCUCAGCGCGAUACAGCUUGCAGACGACCAGGCAUCAUCGAAACCAAGUGAUACUCCCAUGAGCACAGCCCCGUUGUCAACCAAGAAGGGUCGGACUGGAGUAAUAGUCGGCGGUGUCAUCGGUGGACUAGCGGUCGCUGCAGCUAUAAUCGCAGGCAUCCUUCUUUUGCGUCGGCGACACCGUCAAUUGAACAACACUCUUGUUGUGAACGAGUGCUCCCCACAGAUACUCACACCAUUUAUGGUGACUUCAAUAGAGCACCAUAUGAACCGGUCAAUGGGGAAAGACGUGCCAGGGAGAAGGAUGGAUGCACAGGCUGAGUCGAUGACUCCACCCGUGGCUGCCACAAGUCCGCCAAAUCCGCUGCCCACUGAGACUCAGAGAAGAGAGGAUACACGCAUAGAGGAGUUGCUGCGGUUGCUCCAUGAAUGACUGCAGCUGGGCCGAUGGAAUCUCUCCGAGGAUGAGCUACCACCAGAGUAUCAUGAAGGACAGACUAUGUGAAAGGUGUUAUACUCUACUGGCUGUGAUCAUACCAAUUAUUCAUUUGUGCAGGAACAAUGUGAAUAUGUACAUGGC